ACCACUUCUCUCUCCUCUAUAUAAACACCACACCACACCAGACCAGACUAGUAGAGAGAGAGAGAGAGAGAGAGACAGACAGACAGACAGAGCGUUUGAGCUCUGAAGAGAGACGGAUACAUACAGACUCCUCUCAAGACACAACAGAAGCGUGUGCAGUGGGGGAGAAAAGGGAUUAAAAAAACCUCCCGAUCUGCCCUCUCGACCAAAUCUCGGCGCAGGUGUUGGGGCCUGUGAGGGUUUAGAUCUCAGAAGCGACGGCCUGCAAGGCGCCUGGAGGCAAAUCAUGUCUUCACUCAGCAGAGAACUUGUCUUUCUCAUACUUCAGUUCCUUGAUGAAGAGAAAUUCAAGGACACCGUCCACAAGUUGGAGCAAGAGUCGGGUUUUUUCUUCAACAUGAGGUACUUCGAGGAUUUGGUUACAAAUGGGGAGUGGGAUGAUGUGGAGAAGUAUCUCUCUGGCUUCACAAAGGUAGACGAUAACAGAUACUCGAUGAAGAUCUUCUUCGAGAUACGGAAGCAGAAGUACCUUGAAGCACUAGACAAGCGGGAUCGCGCCAAAGCCGUCGACAUUUUAGUGAAGGACUUAAAAGUCUUUUCUGCAUUUAAUGAGGAUCUGUUCAAGGAGAUUACGCAGUUAUUGACGCUUGAAAACUUUAGAGAGAAUGAGCAGCUCUCCAAAUACGGUGAUACCAAGUCAGCUAGGGGUAUAAUGUUGACUGAACUGAAGAAGUUGAUAGAGGCUAACCCCUUGUUUCGGGAUAAGCUUCAAUUCCCCACAUUGAAAAACUCAAGGCUCCGAACUCUGAUUAAUCAGAGUUUGAACUGGCAGCAUCAGCUUUGCAAGAAUCCCAGGCCUAACCCCGACAUAAAAACCCUGUUUGUAGACCAUAGCUGUGGACAGCCAAAUGGUGCUCGUGCACCGUCCCCUGUAACUAACCCAUUAAUGGGUCCUGUACCAAAGGCGCCAGGUUUCCCUCCUUUGGCUGCUCAUGGACCCUUUCAGCCCACUCCAGCUGCUCUUCCAACAUCUCUUGCUGGAUGGAUGGCAAAUCCAGCACCUGUACCUCACCCCUCAGCUUCUGCAGGACCCAUAGGUCUGGCUGCUCCAAAUAAUGCAGCUAUCUUAAAGCGGCCUAGCAACUCGCCCAUGGACUACCAAACAGCUGAUUCUGAACACGCUUUGAAGAGAGCAAGACCUUUCGGAAUCCCUGACGAGGUGAACAAUUUGCCUGUAAAUAUUCUUCCUGUAUACAAUAGCCAGAGCCAUGGCCAGAGUUCCUAUUCUUCAGAUGACUUGCCUAAGAAUGUAGUCAUGACACUAAACCAAGGGUCAGCUGUCAAGAGCAUGGACUUCCAUCCUGUGCAACAAAUUCUGCUUCUUGUUGGAACAAACAUGGGUGAUGUCACUGUAUGGGAGGUAGGCAGCCGUGCCAGAAUUGCCAUGAGGAAUUUCAAGGUUUGGGAUCUAGGAGCAUGUUCGAUGGCACUACAGGCAUCUCUAUCAAAUGAUUACACUGCAUCAGUUAAUCGUGUGGUAUGGAGUCCUGAUGGAACACUCUUUGGUGUCGCCUACUCCAAACACUUGGUGCACAUCUACUCUUUCCAUGGCGGUGAUGACAUACGUAACCACCAGGAGAUCGAUGCGCAUGCUGGAAGUGUCAAUGAUCUUGCUUUCUCAUUUCCAAACAAACAACUAUGUAUAGUCACUUGUGGAGAUGAUAGAACGAUUAAGGUGUGGGAUGCAGUGACUGGAGCUAAGCAGCAUAUUUUUGAAGGUCAUGAAGCACCUGUAUAUUCUAUAUGUCCACAUCACAAAGAGAACAUUCAGUUCAUAUUCUCAACAGCAACAGAUGGGAAAAUAAAGGCUUGGUUGUAUGAUAACAUGGGGUCAAGAGUUGACUAUGAUGCACCAGGUCACUCUUCUACAAUGAUGGCGUAUAGUGCUGAUGGGACCAGGUUAUUCUCGUGUGGAACAAAUAAAGAAGGAGAAUCAUACUUGGUGGAAUGGAAUGAAAGUGAGGGAGCUGUCAAGCGUACAUAUCAUGGUCUUGGAAAGAGAUCUGCUGCUGUGGUGCAAUUUGAUACCACGAAGAAUCGAUUCUUGGCUGCUGGUGAUGAAUUUAUGGUCAAAUUCUGGGACAUGGACAAUGUUAAUCUACUGACCAGUACCGACGCAGAUGGUGGUCUUACGGCUUCACCUUGUAUUAAAUUUAACAAGGAAGGGAUAUUGUUGGCUGUCUCCACAAAUGACAAUGGUAUCAAGAUCUUGGCAAGUACAGAUGGAAUUAGGCUGUUAAGAACAGUGGAGAAUCGUCCUUUUGAUGCUUCUAGGGUUGCUUCUGCAGCUGUUGUGAAGGCACCUCCUAUUGGUACAUUUGCUUCUGCUAAUCCAAGUAUUGGGGCAGGCUUCACUGAUCGAGCUGCCCCUGUGCAAGCAAUGGUUGGAAUGGUGGGUGUUGUUAACAGUGAUAGUUUGGCUGAUGUAAAGCCCAGGAUUGCUGAUGAUUCUACUGAGAAAUCAAGGAUUUGGAAGCUCACUGAAAUUAAUGAACAAUCACAGUGCCGCUCUAUGAGGUUACCUGAUAGCAUGACUGCCAUGAGGAUUUGCAGAUUGAUCUAUACAAAUUCAGGGCUUGCCAUAUUGGCUUUAGCAUCUAAUGCUGUGCAUAAGCUAUGGAAAUGGCAAAAGAGUGACCGGAAUGUUACGGGAAAGGCUACAGCUAGUAUAGCACCGCAAUUGUGGCAACCUCCUAGUGGAAUGGUGAUGACCAAUCCUACAAGUGAUACAAAUCCUGAAGAAGCAGUUCCGUGCUUUGCACUUUCUAAGAAUGACUCUUAUGUUAUGUCCGCCUCAGGAGGGAAAAUCUCUCUUUUCAAUAUGAUGACAUUCAAGACGAUGACAACUUUCAUGCCGCCACCGCCAGCAGCAACCUUUUUGGCAUUUCAUCCUCAAGACAAUAAUAUCAUUGCUAUAGGAAUGGCGGACUCGUCCAUUCAAAUUUACAAUGUACGCGUUGAUGAGGUCAAAACUAAGUUGAAGGGCCAUCAAAAAAGAAUCACAGGCCUUGCUUUUUCCAAUAUUUUAAACGUCCUUGUCUCUUCAGGAGCUGAUUCUCAGCUAUGUGUUUGGAGCACGGAUGGGUGGGAAAAGCAAGCUAGUACUGUCUUGCAGAUGCCAUCUGGACGAGUGGCAGCUGCUCUUGCUGAUACUCGUGUUCAGUUUCACCUUGAUCAGAUCCAUUUGCUGGUAGUUCAUGAAAGUCAGAUUGCGAUAUAUGAAGCCCCCAAGCUAGAACGCCUUAGGCAGUGGUUUUACCGAGAAGCAACGGGUCCAAUUACACAUGCUACGUACUCCUGCGAUAGCCAGUUGAUAUAUGCGAGCUUUGAAGAUGGAAGCAUUGGUGUUCUUACUGCCACAACUCUCAGUUUAAGAUGUCGAAUAAGCCCCGUUGCUUACAUGACUCCAAACCCAAGCUUGAGAGUAUAUCCUCUUGUUAUUGCGGCUCAUCCUUCUGAACCCAACCAGUUUGCAUUGGGGCUUACCGAUGGAGGGGUUCAUGUCCUCGAGCCAUUAGAGUCGGAAGGAAAAUGGGGGACGGCGCCUCCAGUUGAAAAUGGGGCUGGGCCCAGCACAGCUGCUGCUGCAGCAGGGGCGGUUUCUGAUCAACCUCAGAGAUGAGGUGAUAGCUAAGCUCGGUGCGAUGUUUGAUGACGGUACUACUCAGGAAUCCGAAUCUGACUGAAGAUAUGAGGGUGGGGGGGUUUUUAUGGAUGAAGGGAUGAUGUUAGGGUAAAAUUUGCAGGCUAGGGGCUAAUUCUUCUGAGUAGUGGCACAGAGUUAAAAAGUAAAAAAGAGUGGGACCUGUUCUGUUCAUAAUCAUAGCCAUCAUAAUUUUUUUGAUUACAUUCUCCUCAAAGCCUUUCUUCCAACGUUGUGAAUGGUUGGUUGGUUGGUUCCUUCCUCUACUGUUUUACUUUAGAGGCUGAUGAUGAUGGUGAUAGGAAACAUUUGUGAUUAGGAUGGUGGGUUGUAAAGGAGGCGGCAAAUUCACAAUUCCCCCCCUUUUUUAAUUAGAGAGAAAAAAAAAAGGCGGUCAGGUGAUUUUUCA